GGAUGCGAGGGGCCGCGCCGGGGUUUAUUAAGGAGCUAGAGGCUGGAGCGGCGCGGAGUUCGGUUCGGGUAGAGGAGGAGCGAGAAGAAGAGAGGAGGAGGAAGCGGAGGAGGCACAGUGCGCGACUUGAGAGGGAGAGACACGCGGAGCGAGUGACGCAGCGAUGAGCGGGACUCCCCCACCCACCUCUUCACUCACCUUACCGGCAAUCACCUCAUCACUCACCUCAACACCACCACCACCACCACGCACUUCUCCACUGACUUCAUCAGCACCACGACGCACCUCUUCAUCAUCACUGAAACCACCACGCACCUCAUCGCACUCCUCAACAUCGCCCGCUUCUCCACUCUACUCAACCUCACCACUCACCGCUUCACACUCACCACCACACGCCUCUCCACUCUCCUCAACAUCCCCGUCGUCGUCGCCGCUCGUGCUGAUGAAGACCCUGGGGCUCUGGUGGGUGCUGGUGGCCGCCGCGCUGCUGCGGGCCCCUCCGGUGGGGGCCCAGACCCCCGUGUCCCCCUCCGCGGGGGGCCCCCGGCGGCCGGGCGAGGUGUGGAGGCAGCUGAUCCAGUGGGAGAACAACGGGCAGGUGUACAGCCUCCUCAACUCGGGGCCCGAGUACCUGCCCGGGGGCAGCAGCAGCGCCCACAACCAGGGCCGCAACACAUUCUGGCUGGGAGCGGGGGGGCAGCAGCCGGGGCAGCCGCAGCUGCAGCAGGGGCAGCAGCAGCUACAGCAGCAGCGUCGACAGCAGCAGCAGGGGUCAAACGGGGCCCGUGGACAGGGACGCAGGCAGACCCCCUCUGCCCCUCGACCCAGCCCAGUGACACAGACCAGAAGAACUGGUGGUGGCGGCGGUGGCGGCAGCAGCAGCAGCUACUGGUGGCAGACCAACUCUGGCUCAUGGGCGACCGCACGACCCCACGCGUCUGCCCCGGCCGCGCCGCGACCCCAAGUGGCUGCACCUCGACCUCAAGUGGCCCCGCCGCGACCCCAAGUGGCCCCCCCGCGACCCCAAGUGGCCGCACCCCGACCCGUGGCCGCACCGCUCGCCGCGCCCCGGACCCAGACGGCCACAACCUCAGCAGCUGCAGCAGCUUCAGCUGCAGCAGCUUCAGUAGCAGCAGCAGCCACGGCCCCGGCGCCUGCACCGCCCCGCAACGCGAGACCCGCCGAGACGCCGGCAUCCGUGGCCAUACAGGACGGGAUGACUGGGAGACAGCAGCAAGGGGGGAUGCCGAGGGUGCAGGGGGUCCCCGAGGGGACACGAGCCGGUCAGGGCGUGGGGGAUGACCCCAACUCCAACACGUACCGCCACGAGGAGAACCCUACUACAGGAACCCCUACCCGCCCUUCCUCAGCAACCGCGUGCCGCCCCGGACCCCGCAGAGAACCCCUCUGCCUGACCUGGUCCCGGACCCCUACUACAUCCAGGUGUCCACCUACAUCCAGCGCGCUCACCUCUACUCCCUGCGCUGCGCCGCCGAGGAGAAAUGCCUGGCCAGCACGGCGUACCGCCCCGAGGCGGCUGACUACGACGUGCGUGUCCUCCUGCGCUUCCCGCAGAAAGUGAAGAACCAGGGCACCGCCGACUUCCUGCCCAGCCGCCCGCGCGAGGCGUGGGAGUGGCACGCGUGCCACCAACACUUCCACAGCAUGGACGAGUUCAGCCACUACAACCUGCUGGAGGCCGGCUCGGGCCGCAAGGUGGCGGAGGGCCACAAGGCCAGCUUCUGCCUGGAGGACACGACCUGCGACUACGGCUACCGCAAGCGCUACGCCUGCACGGCGCACACGCAGGGUCUGAGCCCCGGCUGCUACGACACCUACAACGCCGACAUCGACUGCCAGUGGAUCGACAUCACCGACGUGCGGCCCGGGAACUACGUGCUCAGGCUGCACGUGAACCCCAACUACAAGGUGCGCGAGUCGGACUACUCCAACAACAUCGUGCGCUGCGACGUGCGCUACACGGGGAGGUUCGCGUCGGCCACCAACUGCCGCAUCUCCCCAUACUGAGAGGCGAGGACCUGGGACUGAUACUUGAAGACCCCGCCUGCCCCCCUCCUCGCCUGCCCCCCUCCUCACACGCCCACAUCCACCCCGGAUUCUGUUGUCCGGGAUCUACAUGGGGAGAAGGUGGGGGAGGGGCUGGAAGGUGGGGAGCGACGAUGCGAGUCAACACAGCUGAGGCAGCAACAGCGCGGACA